AUGGCAGUUUGCGAUGAAUUUCAAUCGGAUGCAGAUGGAACAACAACACCAUUAAGCAAUUUAAUAACAACUCCACAGCAGUCAGGUGAAGUGGUCGAUGAUAUAUUCACUUGCUGCACGACACAACAUGAUUGCGUACAACUCUUAGAACUUUCUCCUUUCUCGCAUUUAUGGUUGACCAGGGAGGACAAGCAACAACCUUCCUUAUACAGAUUUAUCGGAAAUAUUCCACAAACGCCAGUUUCUCAAAAUCUUCUUUAUGAGGUUGAAUAA